ACGUCAAUAUCGACUAACAAACUCAACUCCACUCAAUCUAUCACAACGAAUGGGCUGUGGAUCGUCUAGUGUUUCUUGCACCAGCGUGCGCCCAACUCUUCCUUCCUGGUGGAGAAGACCGCGAGAUCAGGACUCUGUCCACGUACCUCUUGAUCCAAAAGCGCGAGCGGAUGCCCAGCGGCAGCGACACGAGCGUCUGCAAGAGCACAGAGGCUCUCAAUCACUGAAAGCUGAGGAACUGUCAUACAACCGACGUGAGGCGAGUUCACAGAGUGCUAACAAGUCGCCAGACAUCCACUCAUCUGAUCACGCGACGGGAGAGGCAGGCAGCAGGAAAUCUUUGCGCAAUAAUGGCGAGACGUCGGUAGACGGAGGGAAGAGCAAGUCUGGAGGUUCUGCGGGGGCGCGACCGAAUGGUAGCGUUCCUGCUAGGAAUAAACAAGAGAUUCCGGCGCAGGAAAACGUUGAGAAGGCGCCUAAGUCUAAUAGCAACGACAACAAGGUGGCAAAAAAGGAACCUACCAAGGGGGCGGAGCCCAAGGAAGCUCUUGCAGCUGAGGAUGAGAAAGGGAAGGAAAAUGGUUGUGAUUCAGUCAAGAAGGAACCAAAUAAGUCAGUUGAUGGAGAAAGUAAAGUUUCGCCUACAACUGCAGGGGUGAUAGCUGUCAAGGGUGAGGAUAGUCAUAAAGGGAAGGACGUGAAUGUGAAACCGAAGGAAGAAAUAAAACCAACACAAGAAGCAAAGCCUGAUAAGGAAGACAAAGCUACAAGUGCAAAAGAAGAUGAAAAGCAAAGAAAAGAGGAAAUGCAGUCAACAAAAGAAACUACAACAGCUAAGGAAGUGGCGAAUCCUAAAGAAGAGGCAAAACCUGUGAGAGAUGAAGCAAAAACAGUGAUGGAGGGAAACUCACCAAAAGAUGAAAAAACAUCAACAGAAGAGAAGAAAGAAUUGAAUGAAGUAAAACCGCUAAAUGAUGAGACAAAACCAAACCAGGAAGCAAAGCCAACUGAAAAGGAUGUAAAAUCUGAAGGUGAGGUGAAGCCACCAGUGGAUGAGCCAAAACCCAAGGAAGAGGCCAAACUCAAAGAAGAGGCAAAGCCUAAGGAAGAGGCAAAGCCUAAGGAAGAGGCAACGCCCAAGGAAGAGACAAAAUCCAAUGAGCAGGUGAAGCCCAAGGAAGAGACAAAACCCAAGGAAGAGGCAAAACCCAAGGAAGAGACAAAACCCAAGGAAGAGGCAAAACCCAAGGAAGAGACAAAGCCCAAGGAAGAGACAAAGCCCAAGGAAGAGACCAAACCUAAGGAAGAGGUGAAAACCGUGGAAGAGGUGAAGCCUAAGGAAGAGGAAAAACCCAAGGAAGAGACAAAACCGCAGGAAGAGGCAAAGCCCAAGGAGGAUAUAAAAUCCAAUGAGGAGGUGAAUCGCAAGGAAGAGACAAAACCUAAGGAAGAGGUGAAGCCUAACGAAGAGGCAAAGCCCAAGGAAGAGGCAAAGCCCAAGGAAGAGGCAAAGCCCAAGGAAGAGGCAAAGCCCAAGGAAGAGGCACAAUCCAAUGAGGAGGUGAAGCCCAAGGAAGAAACAAAACCUAAGGAAGAGGCAAAGCCCAAGGAAGAGGCAAAAUCCAAUGAAGAGGUGAAGCCCAAGGAAGAAACAAAACCUAAGGAAGAGGCAAAGCCCAAGGAAGAGGCAAAGCCCAAGGAAGAGGCAAAGCCCAAGGAAGAGGCAAAGCCCAAGGAAGAGGCAAAAUCCAAUGAAGAGGUGAAGCCCAAGGAAGAGGAAAAGCCCAACGAAGAAACAAAGCCCAAGGAAGAGGCAAAAUCCAAUGAAGAGGUGAAGCCCAAGGAAGAAACAAAACCUAAGGAAGAGGCAAAGCCCAAGGAAGAGGCAAAGCCCAAGGAAGAGGCAAAGCCCAAGGAAGAGGCAAAGCCCAAGGAAGAGGCAAAGCCCAAGGAAGAGGCAAAAUCCAAUGAAGAGGUGAAGCCCAAGGAAGAGACAAAACCUAAGGAGGAGGCAAAGCCCAAGGAAGAGGCAAAAUCCAAUGAGGAAGUGAAGCCUAAGGAAGAGACAACACUAAAGGAAGAGGUGAAGCCUAGAGAAGAGACCAAACCCAAGGAAGAGGUCAAACCCAAGGAAGAGGCCAAACCCAAGGAAGAGGUCAAACCCAAGGAAGAGACAAAACCCAAGGAAGAGGUCAAACCCAAGGAAGAGGUCAAACCCAAGGAAGAGACAAAACCCAAAGAAGAGGCAAAUCCUAUGAAAGAGGCAAACCCCAAGGAAGAGCUGAAACCCAAUGAGGAGCAAAAACCUAAGGAAGAUGCAAAGCCAACUAAAGAUGAGGGAAACGUUAAGGAAGAUGGCAAAGGACUUACAAAGGUGGCAGAAAACCCAUCCAAACAGGAAGGAAAACCCAAUGAAAACAGAAAUACAGCAAAUGAGGAAGCAAAGCCUGACAAUGAAGCGAAAGCUUCAACAGCAGAGGCAGAGUCCAAGGAAUUAGGUAAAAAGGUUGAGGGGGACAGUGACAAACCAAAAGAGGAAACUGCAAGUAGAACAGAUAACUUAUCGCAGGAGAAAGAAAACUCCAAAGAAAAUGAAAUGCCGAGACAUAAUGCCAGCCCACCAAAGGAAGAGGCCACUUCCAAAGAAGACACUAAACAAACAGUAGAGGAAGGAGAAACAAAUGAACUGGGAACGUCAAACGACAGUCCAAAAUCCACAGAAGCUGCUGAAGCAUCAAAAGAACAUGCAGCUGCUGCAAAAGAAGUAAAUCAUACACCAGAAGAAGCUAUGCCUAAGAAAGAGGCUCCACAAACAGAAGAGAUUAAACAAGCAAAGGAAGCAGCUUUUCCACCUCCUGCAUCUGCAAUGAGCCAAUCUAGUGAAGAAAAAACUCAGCAAGCCACUUCAGACAAAAGUUCAGAACCGGAAGGAGAAAAUAAAGAAUCAGCAAAAUCUGAAUCAGGGGCGGCCAGUCAGGAUGAUACUGCAAAGAAGCCUGAACUACAGGAAUCUGACACAGUAGAAACGGCAAAGACUGGUGAGGAGGCACCACCAGCCAAACAUGAAACACUACCUAACAAUCAAGAGCAAACACUUGGAUCGGAACAUGCAGACACAGCACAGAAGGCAGACGUCAAUGUCAAUGAGACAACACGUUCUGAACAAACCAACAAAGAGGAGCCAUCAGAUGCUACAAAACCAGACAUUGAACCUGCUAGUAAGGCAACAGCAGAACACAGUAUAGCAAAGCAGGAAACCAAAGAAGUAACAGAAGAAAAGGAAGCAGCCGAGAAACCAAAGGACAGCAGCACGCAGGAAGGAAGGGUAGCAGCACAGGGUGAUGAUAAACAGUCUGGAACAGUUUGCGAGACCCCAAAGAAAGAGGCUAAUCCAAGUGAUAACAAAAGUGACGAGACCACAGCAAAUUUGGAUCAGUCAUCAGAACCAAAGUUGGCAGAGACCAAACCAAACAAUGAAUCCAAUAAACUUGCAGAUGAGAAAGGCAAAGCAAGCAAACAGCAACAAGUGGAACAAACACCACUAAACACACCAUCUAAAUCUUCAGACAAGCAGGACAAGGCUGCAACCUCAGUGACUGAAGAGAGAGCAAGUGAAACUACAAAGCAAGACAAGAACACAGCAGCGAAGCAAAAUGACAGUUCAAUACAAGAGGCAGGUGAUGUCAAGAAGGCAACAGAUGUACACACAGACAGCAAUGUAACUGAAUCACAACAGACAACAGACGGUACAGCGAGUACGUCAUAGAUAGUACUUGGUCACCUAGAUGAUAAAGUAUAAUCAGUUAGCUGCCUUGUAUUCACUAUUUCGAUACAAUCAGUUCUUGACUACUAUUGUUUGAUACAAAGAGAUAUUUUCUUAUAGGUUGAAAUGGGGGUGCUAUUUUUCUGAACAUCAUUCUGCGAUGUUUUGUAUGCAAUAAUAUGUGUUGUUACUGAGCAA